CAUGCUAAACUUCUAUCUACAGAGUCUUGCUUGCAUUCUUUACAGCUGUGCAGUGAUCUCAGUUUCAGUUUGAGUAGGCUUCUAGAUCUCUCAGAUAACACGUUCUGGACAGCUGGCUGGUUUUUCAUUAGAGUGCAGCAUCAGAUUGCAUUUAUUCAUAAUGGCCAGGUUGUUGUAGACACAUCCUUACCUCUUACAAGUAACAGCUACAGUAAAAUUUUAAGUGUCAAACCAAUUGCGAUAUCUGCAUCUGAGAGAGCUCAGUUUUCAGUGAAAGGCAUCAAUUUGUGUUGGCCUGCUACGAGGUUACUAUGUGCAGUAGAAGGGACGUAUCUGGUUCAGGAAGAUAUUCAUGAGCUAUUAGAUGGUGAUGAUGGUUCCAAGGAGCAUGAUGAUCUCCAGUGUGUUAGUUUCUCUUGCACCAUACCAACAGUGAAUGGAAGAGGAUUUAUUGAGAUCGAAGAUCACAGUCUUAGCAGCAGUUUCUUUCCUUUUAUAGUCGCGGAAGACGAUGUUUGUUCAGAGAUCCGUAUGCUUGAAAAUGCAUUAGAGUUUACUGGGACAGAUGCUGAUGUUGGGGAAACUGGAAAAAUUGAAGCCAGGAAUCAAGCAAUGGAUUUCAUUCAUGAAAUCGGUUGGCUACUUCAUAGAAGUCAAGUGAAGCAUAGACUGGUCCACUUAGAUCCUAAUACUGACCUUUUUCCUUUAAGGCGUUUCAAGUGGCUCAUGGAAUUCUCUAUGGGCCAUGAAUGGUGUGCUGUUGUGAAGAAACUCCUAAAUAUCUUUUUUGAUGGUACUGUGGCUGCUGGAGAACACCAGACGGUCCAGCUUGCAUUAUCUGAUAUGUGUCUUCUUCAUAGAGCUGUGAGAAAAAAUUGCAAAUCUUUGGUGGAACUCCUAUUGAGAUAUGUUCCUGAGAAUGCUCUAGAGGACUUGGGGUCUAAGCAGAAGGAACUGGUAGACGCUGGUCACCAGAGUUUGUUAUUUAAACCUGAUGCCAUAGGCCCUGCUGGUUUGACACCUCUUCACAUUGCAGCUGGGAAAGAUGGUUCUGAGGACGUACUUGAUGCAUUAACUGAAGAUCCUGGAAUGGUGGGAAUUGAAGCAUGGAAGAGUGCCCGUGACAGCACAGGCUUCACCCCUGAAGAUUAUGCUCGUUUGCGAGGCCACUUCUCAUACAUCCACCUGGUACAGAGGAAAAUUAAUAAGAGAUCUGCGGCUGGCCAUGUGGUUGUUGACGUUCCUGCUCCUCUCUCAGACUGUAAUGUAAGCCAGAAACAAAGUUCUGCGUUGACAACCAGCUUUGAGAUUGGACAGGCUGAUUUUACAUCCAUCGGAGGAAACUGCAAGCUUUGCAGCCAGAAGCUGGCUUACGGAACAGCCAGCAGAUCUCUGGUGUACAGGCCUGCAAUGCUCUCAAUGGUGGCCAUUGCUGCAGUUUGCGUGUGUGUCGCUCUUAUAUUUAAAAGCUGCCCUGAAGUUCUGUAUGUGUUCCGUCCCUUCAGGUGGGAAAUGUUGGACUACGGAGCAAGCUGAAGUCCUCUUUUAUCUCCCAACUUAGAUGGCGUGGUAUAGGUGUUUGUACCUGUGUAAGCAUUUAUAGACUGUAAAGAUCGGUAUAACCUGUGAUUAUGACAGAGUUCUGGACUUAGUAAUAUUUAUCUGACUGUUCACUGUAAUUUUGUCAUGGCAGUAGAAUGGUUAUGUAUUUCUGUCUAUGUGGUAUCUUAUUUAACACCCAUAAGCCUUGUAGCUUGUACCUUAUUCCCUAAUAACAACAAUAAUAUUGGUUGGCCUAUUUUAAGAUUCAGGUA